AUGGAUAAAAUAAGGAUUCUCUUUAAAAAGGAUGAUAUGAGAGAUCCAGAUUUAGAUGCGGAUCUGUUCCGUACAACAAGGCUACCAGAAGUUUUAACAUUUGUGGCCACACAUUAUGGUACACAGAGUUCUAACCUACAGCUGUUCCAUAGGGGGGUUGAACUUUGUGACACAAAUAUAAUAAUCGGAGAUUAUUUCAAAACCGAUGGGGAAAUCGUCGUAGUAAAAGAGAGGAAGAAAAGACGGCCCAGGCUGUCUAGGUCUAAAAAAGAUGUCACUAAAACAGAAAAAACGACAGGACAGACUGCAAUUGAAACACUUCAAAAACAUGAACUUAUUGAUACUUUAAGUCAGGCAUAUUCUGUUGGAGAUCCGGUAGACGUUAGGAUUGAGAAUGCCUGGUUUGAAGGCAGCGUCGUGAAAGUGUUUAUGGCAAACGUAGCAUGCUCAAGUUCUUCGAUAACAACGGAAGAAGCCCUAAUUUUCAAUGUGAUUAGUGAGCCACAUGUCCAACCCCCCUUUGAUCGGAAUUUUGCCUAUACAGAUAUAAGACCGCGAUCAUAUUUCAUAUACAAAAUUACAGAUGUCAAAAAGAAUAUGGUAGUCAUGGCUAACAUUAAUUUAAUUGACGUUAGAAAGAGGGGAAAUUGGUACGAUUGUACAAUUUUAAACGUAGCAGAUAAAUUUGUCACUGUUACCCUAAAUAUUACAGGAGACUAUUGCCGCACAAAAUUCGUAAACGAAUUGUACAGAAUAGAGUUUCCACGAAGGACCGUGAACAUAGAAACUCGUAUGGAGUACAUACAUGCUCCUUCAAAGCAAACUUCAUCGUCUGAAGUCUUUGAACAGUCCCAUGUACUAACUGUACAAGCUGAAGUACACAGGGCUAGUAGCCCUAGUGCAGAGGUUAGUGCGGAAUUAAGUAAUGAUGAAAAUAAAGCAAUAAUACCUACAAUGCCUAACACAGCUGAUGUACCAAAAAAAAAGGCUACCGAUUUAUUAUCCUCAUUAGAUUUAAUAGAAGUUUUAAGUGAAGAUGAAGGUCCAAAAAUUUCAAAGGAUCAAAAACCUUCCGAGGAAAUCAGCGUCUUACAACUGGGAGUUGAUACCGAGAAGAUUUCUCUGCAAGAGACAUUACAAACAAGUCCUAGCAAAGAUCUUCCUUCAGAAGAUAUACAUGAAGUGUCAACUGAUGAAGAGAUCCAAAGUCCAGAAGAUAUACAUGAAAUGUUGACCGAUGAGGAUAUUUCUAUUAUAGCAGAAGAAUGUGAAGGAUAUCCUGCACAGCUAAAUUUAAAAAAAUCCGUUCACAAAAAUGAUGGUGGUUCUGCUACCACCCAAACCUGCGAAAGCAGGUUUUGA